UUCGAACCGUCUCAGUUGUCGGUGAGGCCGGCGGGGCGGAUCCCACACUAGCGUGAAAGAGAAUAAAAAGCAACACAACAACAAUAACAACUUGGUCGUUUCGUACAUAUCGCUAGCAAGCUCCCCUGUGGAUAUAAAACAUCAAGAUGCCCUCUGUGAUGAAUGCAAAUGGGACAGCACUGUCUGUCAGCCCAGAUGUGGGAUCCGCUCCAGGGUCAGUGGGCUGUUUUUCACUCAGUGGACAGUCUGAAGUCUUGAAACAAGUACUGGGUGUUAUUGACAAGAAAGUCCGCAAUAUGGAGAAGAAAAAGAGUAAGCUGGAUGAUUAUCAAGUCAGGAAGAAUAAUGGGGAGCGUCUCAAUCAGGACCAGUUGGAGGCCCUCUCCAAAUUCCAGGAAGUCACAAAUAACUUGGAAUUUGCUCGAGAGUUGCACAAAACAUUUAUUGCGAUGGGACAAGAUAUCCAGAAAGUGGUGAAGAAGUCGGCGCGACGAGAGCAGCUACAGCGGGAGGAGGCAGAGCAGAGGAGGCUGAGGACGGUUCUUGAGCUGCAGUUCCUCUUGGACCGACUGGGGGACGAAACUGUGCGACAGGACCUAAAGCAGGGAGUCGGUGGCUCGCCGCUGCUGACAGACGCAGACCUCACGGCGUUUGAUGAAUUCUACAAGUUAGUGGGGCCAGACCGUGACCAAAACAUCAGGUUGGCUGACCAGUAUGAAGAAGCAUCUGUGCACCUCUGGGACCUGCUUGAGGGAAGAGACAAGGCUGUGGUUGGAACAACAUACAAGGCACUGAAAGAGACUUUGGACCAGGUUCUGCUGAGCGGGUACUUUGACCGGGUUCCAUCUCACCAAAACGGUGUGUGUGAGGAGGAGGAGGAGGAGGAGGAAGAGCCAGCCUCAGCAGCAGCAGCAGCAGCAGUAGCUGAGUCUUCAGAAGCAGAAGAGCAGACUGUUGAUCCAGAAACUGAAAUAAUUGAAGAGUUCACAGAGCCUAUUGCAGUCGAAACAACAGAGUUUGUAAACAGACAGUUCAUUCCAGACGGCACUUACAGCAGCAGUGACAAGGAGCAGGGCGACGAGUGGACCUCGGAAACAGAGGCAAUCAGUGCAAUGCAGCAGCCACCGCCACCUGUUCAGCCUGCAGCCUCCCCAGUUACCUUGGAGACACACCCCAUGAGCUUAGCGUCCCCUGCACCACCAACUGACCCCAUGGUCAGGAAGCAGGUGGUGCAGGACUUAAUGGCACAGAUGCAGGGAACGUACAACUUCAUGCAGGACUCCAUGUUAGAGUUUGACGGACAGCCGAUCGACCCCGCCAUUGUCUCAGCGCAGCCUAUGAAACCCGCUCAGAACAUGGACAUGCCUCAGAUGGUGUGUCCUUCAGUUCACCCAGAGUCCCGACUAUCACAACCCAACACUGUUCCUGUCCAACCUGAGCCCACACAAGUCCCCAUCGUCUCACCAACUCCACCCCCCAUGUUUCAGACCUCACACACGCCAGAUCCUCGACCCCCGACAGAAUCCAUCGACCCCAUUCAGACCUCCAUGUCCUUGUCGUCAGAGCAGCCUCCACCCUCCACAGCCCUCCCACCUGCCUCUCAGACACAGGUUUUCCAGCCUGUUUCCAAAGCUCCUCACAGCAGUGGCAUCAAUGUCAACGCAGCACCAUUCCAGUCAAUGCAGACAGUGUUCAACCUCAACGCCCCGGUCCCGCCAGCGAGUGAGACGGAGGCUUUGAACCAGGCCAGCCAAUACCAGAACAGCUACAACCAAGCCUUCAGCAGCCAGUCGCAGCAUCCUGUGGAGCAGACAGAGAUGCAGUCGGAACAACUGCAGUCUGUAGUUGGUGCCUUUCAUUCCCAAGAUCAGUCAGGGGGCCAUCAACAGCCUUCCCAGCAGGGCCCGGGCUUUGGUAGGCAGCCUCAGUCAUUCUACAGCAGCAGAGGGAUGUCUCGUGGUGGACCUCGCAACGCCAGGGGCGUGAUCAACGGCUACAGAGGCUCAUCAAAUGGAUUCAGAGGUGGCUAUGAUGGUUAUCGUCCUCCUUUUGCCAACACUCCAAACUCUGGUUAUGGACAAACUCAGUUCAACACACCUCGGGAUUACUCAAAUGGGAAUUAUCAGAGGGAUGGUUAUCAACAAAACUACAAGCGUGGAGCCGGUCAGGGACCCAGAGGAGUGUCAAGAGGCAGCACUCAGGCAAUACGAUCCUGAAAAGGCCUUUCAUAAUGACUGUGACUGACUAACUUGCACCACACUGAAAAUUCUAAAUCCAAGAAUGCAUUUGCCCCAGCUCACUCAUUUUUUUAUUUUUGUUCUUCAUCAGUGGUAUUUUUCCUGUCUUUAAAAUCAAAGUAAUGCCUGCUUUGAUAUUUGGAAAUAUUAAAUCAUUUUGAGUUGAAAACACAAACGCUGCUGUAAAUCAAAUCAUCGGUUUACAUGAGCAAAUGUGUGACAAUAUUCCUGUAAACUUGAAAGAUUUCAUAAGUUAUUUUUUGUAUAAAAAAUGCACCUGCCACUGCUGGUCCAAUCCUUGGGAGUUGAAUCCCUCUCUCAGUUCUUUUCUGUCAUUUUGGUUCAAAAAGGAUUUUAUGUUCGAAGAGCUCCCGUCUCCUUGUUUGUAAAUUGAUGUUGCUUCAAGAGUUUCAAUAAAGUUGUGUUGCAUA